ACGAUUGGAAUGAUGCUAGCAGCGCGAUCAUUUGUUUUUCGACGAAACAUUUAAUUCUGUUGGCUGUUUUCCCGCGCUUCUCUUGACGUUUGGUGAAUUCUUAUUUAUCAGAUCCCCGCAAGACACGCUGAUCUUGGAUAUAUUUUUCGGAGAGUAUUAGCACGCAACGUUCGCACGUCGAAUGUUACUUCAUCCGUCGCCGGCGGACCUUUCAUGUCUUCAGUGGAAUCACUCUGUUAAAUUCGCCAGUCCGUUCAGAUUGCAACUUAAAAGAAUUGAUCAGCAAUGGAUAAUGAUCAAGGAAAGUUGCUUUGUACCCCACGGCGUGCCCAGAAGUGUCUCUUUGCGUCAUCCAAAGACAGAUCUGGCAAGAGCAGUGAUUCCCAGCAAGGUGUAUCAGAGUGUACCAAAGAUGACGACAGAUCGUCAGGAGACGAGUCAGAUUUGGGGCCUAUGUCACCUCUGGCUCUCACCGAUCGUAGUUCAAAUAGCAGUGACCUCAGCAGUUCCCCUGGCAGAGAAUUUAUCUCUCCGUUUGCGUCGCCCGAGAGAUCGACGUCAUCGCCGAUUAUCCACAACGUGUCUGUUCCAUCUGCGUCCUGGGACCGUUUGCGAUUCAACACAGAGGAGCGAAUGUCUCCUUUCAAGUCUCUUAGAAAGGUGACAAGAGCUGCCAGAUACUCGCCGAGGUGUACUACGUCUAGACGUUCACCGAGAUCAUUGCCAUCCACGCCAGUUAGGCAGGCGGAAUCUGCACCUUUGACGCCACAGCGCUCGAAGACGAACGGAGAGAUCGUGCCGGAGACGCCACAACGUAGCUUUGCCACAGAGAUACAGAAUCAGAGUAUUACGGAGACGCCGCGGAAGGGAACCAGGACGACUCCCGAAAGCAGGAGACAAACGACGCCGCUGAGAUCCAUUAGCAAAAUUGUCCCAUUGCCGAGACUGCACAGGCGAAAAUCUUUCAGCGCGUCCGAGACCAGUGGAAGUUACUCGCCUGAGCAGAAGGAGAACACAUUAAAGAGGCAUGCACGUGAUCAGUCGGCGGCGAAGCCACCGAAGAUGUUCAAGGCGGAUGACGGUUUUGUGCCUCGAGCGAGGACGUCGUUGUUCCAGGAAAGGCAGAACGAAUUAUCUCGCAGUGACAAUGGCAACCUAAGGAACUUCUUCGUGAGCACGAAGAUGUUCUACAGCGGCAAUGCGAGGUCUGAGCGAGCUUUCUGCAACUUCAGCGGGAACGGCGACGUCAAGAGAAGACAAAGUCUACCCGCGCAGAGCGCGAGUAGACGUUUAUCGAUGAAGAAACGGAAAUUCGAUAAGCUAAACGCCAGCGUGUGCCACGGGAUCAAGAAACCGAAGCCCAAGACUAGGGAAGCAUCGAAGAAGGAGGGAUCGACGCAGAGUCAAACGCUUGCUUCAAACGAGAGUCUACUGAUCGAGGAGGCUCAGCCGAUGGAGACAAACGCGAUCGCACCGAAGAGAAGGCCGUCCACGCCAGAGAUUGACGAGAAUAAACGCUUCUUCAAGACUAAAAAGACAGCCAGACUGAAUGACGCUACGGUGACAGUGAAUAACAAGAUCAAGCUGAAGAUCGCGGACGGGAAAAGAGUAGGGUUGAAGGAGAAUCAAAAGCGCACUUCGUCCGCGAGUGCGCGCACACAGAAAUUGAAGGCCGUGGACGUACCAUUGGAUGCCACCGACCUGACCGUCGACGAGCCGGAGGUCGAGGUAGUUACGCUGCAGCAGGACAAGGUCGAUGAUCUUCUGAAGAUUCUCGAGGACGACUGGGCGAACGACGACUACGACUCGUUGGCGCCGUUGGCGCAUAUAGCGAAUGCAUUCUCUCCCCCAUUAAAAACAGCGACACUGUCGAAGGAUGCGAUUAUGUCUCCAGCUACCGAGCUCAGCAACAUGACAUCGACGAUGAAUAUUAAGGAUGUAACUGCUUUGAAGAGUUUUGGUGAUCUCUCCCUCGACAACACGAACAACAAUAACGAUACCGAAGAGGAAACCAAUGAAGAGAAUACCGAAAAGAAGAAAUACUAUCCGUUAUUCACCAAAGGAUAUUCUGUACCUGAUAAUAUUUUUGAAGAAACAAGUAACGCUAAUACCACGAAAACAGCAAAAAGAAAUAUGCAGUGGCAGCUAUCUGCGAAAGGUGGUGGUGCGGAAGAUCAAUGUCAACUGGACGUCGGUCAGAAACGUUUUGGCGCCACUCAAUGUCCAGAGUGCAGCGUUGUCUAUCAACUGGGUGAUCCCGAGGAUGAAAAUGCUCACUUGAAUUAUCACAACAGCAUACGGACUCUAAAAUUUCAGGGAUGGAAAAACGAGCGUGUUAUACUGGAGGAUCCUUUUACUUCAAGUAGAAUAAUCUUGGUUGAGCCACAUGAUCCUAAGCAACACUGGAAGAAAGUACUGGAGAUAUUAGCCGUUGUAGAUAGAGAUUUGGGACUGGCGGAGAUGGAUAGUUCAGAUUAUGAGAGCAAACAAAUCUAUUUGUAUGUACGUGAAAAAAGUGUUAUCGGAGUAUUGGUGGCAGAAUAUAUUGAGAAAGCGUUCCGCAUGAUUCCCGAAUUAAUUGAGCUCAAUUGCUGCACUGCCGAGAGUACACCUACGAAAUGCGGCAUAAACGUUGUAUGGACCGCAAUGAGUCAUCGCAAACAGGGUAUAGCUACUAAACUCGUUGACAUUUUAAGAGCAAAGUUCUUUUACGGUUACGUCAUGUCGUUGGAUGACAUAGCGUUCUCAAUGCCUACUCCAGGUGGUAAAAUCUUUGCUGAGAAAUACACGAAAACGAAGAACUUUAAGGUUUACAAUUAAAUCUGCUAUAUUUAAGUUCCAA